AUGAAUGUAUUGACCUAUGAUGACGUGCAUGUCGACUUCACUUGGGAAGAAUGGACUUUACUGAAUCCUUCCCAAAAGAGUCUCUACAAAGAUGUGAUGCUGGAGACCUACAGAAACCUUACUACUAUAGGAUAUAAUUGGGAAGACCAUAAUAUUGAAGAACAUUGUCAAAGUUCUAGAAGACAUGAAAGAUAG